CACACAAAGCUCCAUGCAUAGAGAAACAAGAGAAAAGGGAACACCCAUAACUUACUAUACAUAUUCAUAUAGUUAUACCUUCAAUUACCUAAUCUCUUCAUUGAAAGCAAACAUUUUCGUUGUAACAAUCGUCAUGUUUGGGCGACGAUUUCAUCAAAAAAAAUCUUCCAAUGCCAUGUCGAUAGUAGAACUUCUAGUGCACAUGGAUUGCAAUGGAUGUGAAGGUCGGAUUCGAAGAGCGAUCUCCAAAAUCGAAGGAGUAGAUAGCUUGGAAAUAGACAUGGACAAACAGAAGGUGACUGUAACUGGAUAUGUAGAGGAAAGAAAAGUGUUGAAGGUGGUGAGAGGGACAGGGCGAAAAGCCGAGCUAUGGCCGUUCCCUUACGACAACGAAUACUACCCGUACGCAUCGCAGUACUACGACGAAUCGACAUAUGCGUCAACGUAUAAUUAUUAUAGGCAUGGUUUCAAUGAAGGCGUCCAUGGAUACUUUCCAGAUCCUUUAUAUUCAACUGUUAGUGAUAACACUGUUCAUCUUUUUAGUGAAGAUAAUGUACAUGCUUAUUGCAGUAUUAUGUGAUCCACUAUUCUAUAUAAAUUAACGAAUAUAUGUAUGUCCUCAUAUGAGGUUGAUAAAUUUUAGCUAAAUUUG